UCCAUAUGCAAAUGAAUCUUAUUAUUUUAACACCAUGAAACAAAACUUAAUUCUACAACUCUCUUGCUUACCUCAUCUGGCUCUAAUGUUUUUUAAUAAACCAAUGAGCUUAAAAAAGAGCCCUCAUUUCAAAUCUUCUCAUUCAAGUGAAGCCUCAAAUCUUUUUCAUACUCCAUGUCCAUGAUCACCACGAUGACCAUUCGUGAAGAACAUGAUGAACCAGAAAGUCUCUAUGAUCAUAGUGAUGAUCACAUCUUAGAUUGGUUACAAGAUACAGUUCCAUUCUUACCGUCAUUUUUUGAUGAUCCUAAUUACACCACCACAACUAUUACGAAUCCCACCAAUAUUGUCAGUGAUAUCACUGAGGAAUUCCAAUGGUGGGACGACCAAGAUCUAAUUAUUGAUCCUAACCUUGAUCUCAUCAACCCAACACCCAACACUCCUACAACACCCACAACCACCACCACAACCACCACCGCUAAUCUACUUCCACCAUCCCUCUCCAAGAAACGGAAACCGUCGGAUGUGAACCUCCAGGUGAAUAACCAACGACGGCGAUCCGUGGGGCCGACCAAAAAGUCUACUGUCAAAUCGGCAGGGAAUAACUAUUAUAACUGUAAUAACAGUAAAGAUGGAAGGUGGGCUGAGCAACUACUCCUUCCUUGUGGUGUUGCCAUUAGUGCUGGAAACCUUGCAAGGGUGCAACACCUUCUUUAUGUUCUUCAUGAACUUGCAUCGUCGUCCGGGGAUGCAAAUCAUCGUCUAGCUAACUAUGGUCUUCGAGCUCUCACCCACCACCUCUCCUCGUCUACAACGACGGUGGGUCCCACUUCGAGUAUAUUCGCAUCUACAGAGCCUCGUUUAUUCCAACGGUCGUUAUUGAAAUUUUACGAGGUAAGUCCAUGGUUUACGUUUGCGAACACGAUCUCAAAUUCUUCUAUUCUUCAAGUUCUAGCACAGCAAUCAAAAUCUUCGUCGAAAACACUUCAUAUACUUGAUAUUGGUGUAUCUCAUGGGAUUCAAUGGCCAACUUUGUUGGAAGCUUUGAGUCGUCGGUCUAAUGGACCUACACCAGUUGUCCGUAUCACGGUAAUCAAUUCAUCGACAUCUGAUUGUUCUCAUACGGUAUACCCAUUCUCAAUUGGUCCUCCCGGUGAUGAUUACGCAACUCGACUUCGUAGAUUUGCUAAGUCAAUCAAUAUAGAUCUCGAAAUCGAACAACUCAAUACUCAUCCUUUACAAAUCUUAACACCCGAAAUGAUCAACACCUCCCCGUCCGAAACUCUAAUUGUUUGUACCCAAUUCAGACUCCACAACCUGAACCAUAACACCCCAAAUGAUGAAAGAACAAAAUUCUUGCAGUUUCUUACCAAGUUAAAACCAAGUGCUGUAAUUCUAAGCGAAAACGACGUCGCCUGUAGUUGUACUCAGUGUGGAAAUUUCUCGAUAGGGUUUACGAGAAAAGUCGAGUACUUGUGGAGGUUUUUGGAGUCAACCAGUUGUGCAUUCAAAGGAAGAGAUUGUGAAGAAAGGAAAGUAUUUGAAGGAGAGGCAAGUAAAGUGAUAAUGAGUGAAAUGGAAAUGAAUGAUGGAAGAGAGAAAUGGUGUGACAAAAUGGGAGAAGUUGGGUUUGUCAGUGAAGGUUUUGGUGAAGAUGUUAUUGAUGGUGGUAAAUCUUUGUUGAGAAAAUAUGAUUCAAAUUGGGAGAUGAAAGUCGAUGAGAAAGAUGGUUGUGCUUGUUUGUUGUGGAAAGGUGAGCGUGUUUCUUUUUGUUCCUUGUGGAAGUUAAAUUAGUUGUUCUAGUAUAAUUUUCUUUUUUUUUGCAUGCACGUUGGGCUAGCUCUAGAGAUCGACUUAAGAAAUCAGAUCUUAACAAGUGGGGCACGCAAGGGUUUAGGAUUUGAGUCACCCAGUUGUUCAAAAAAUAUUUGUAUGGGUGGUGAUAUUGCAAAAUAUAGUGUUAAAUGAGAUUUAGUCAAGCUUAGUAAAUUUAAUUAUCAAAUUAGUUUGUAAUUGUAAUUCUCAGCUUUCAUGUAAAAUGGUCUCUGUAAAAUAGAAAAGUCGCACUUUCUUAUUCUUGAUUUGA